CUCAUCUCUCGUCAUUUCGUGUUAGGGUACACCAUUAAUGGCAAAUCCGUAAAGAGGAGAGUAGAACAAAAAAAAAAGUGAAACGGUCCCCGUACCGCAGGGACAACUCCCGCAAAUCAUCCCCCCCGAUUCAUCACCACCACAUCCGUAUAUAUACUUUUUUAACUCAUUGCUGUGCCAUGUUGUUUUCUUUUCUCCUCUCUCCUUCUUUAUUUCUUUCGCUACCAUGGACACAAAAACAAUAACAAACAUAAUGCUCUUUUCACGAAGUCUUGAUGAAGAAAUAGAAUUUGAAACGUAUGGCAGUAACGACAUAUCGCCGCAAAUUGGGGUCGCGGGCAGCAUCCUCAUCAUUCUUGGGCUGUACUUGAUGACCUUGGGCGUCCGUGCACUUCGGCCAACUUUAGGGAUUGUCGGCUUCCUUACAUUCGGUACAUUGACAUGGGUUGGCCUCGCCAAUAGUCGACCCAGUGGAGGGUACUCUAACGAUCCUAUAACUAUGAUUACCGUUCCUGCUGGUCUGGGCAUUCUUGGCGCUGUUGUUUACACUAUUCUGGAGCGAAUCACUGUUUACUUGAUUAGUGCUCUUGGAGGAUUAGCUCUGGCUCUCUAUAUAUGUUCUUGGCAAGAAGAUAAUGUCAUUACUCAGCAAGUGGCUCGUGCAUGUUUUCUAGCUGUAUUACCUAUAUUCAUGGCUGCCAUCAGCUUUAUGGCUCAACAUUACUUGCUACUGUUUUCUACGGCGUUUGCAGGCAGCUAUGCAUUUAUUGUCGGCAUUGACUUUUUGGCACAUACCGGAUACUUAUCAGGCAUCAAAAGAAUGCUGGAUCAGACCCAUGACGCACCAUACUACCUGUCAACCCAUGUUUAUGUUUUGUUGGUGAUGACUGGUGUCAUUUGCUUGAUUUCUUUUGGAUGGCAAUACUUUUACAACAAACCAAGCGGCAGCGGUGGAGGCGGCGGGGCUGACAAAGGUGGAGCUGAUGAGGAGGAAGCACCAGCCGUUACGACAGCAGCGACAGUAGGAGGGUUUUCGUCCCAUUCAUCAUAUGCUGGUGGUAAUGGCAAUGGAAAUGGUCACAGUGGUAGCGGCCAUGGAAGUGGCAACGGGAACGGCAACGGGCGUCACGACGAAGGCAAUGGUGGCGGCAACCAGUACCAUUCUUAUCCCCCUUCUCGAUCCUUAUGAUAGCAUGUUUGUCGUAUGCAACGCCUCUCACUGUUUCCCACAAUCCUGAUCUAAAUGUAUUAUUACCAAGGAACCCCAGAUGUUUUUUAAUAGCUAGUAUAGUAAAAAAUGAAUAACCGAAAUAAAAACGUAUCAUACAAGAAAUGGUACACGCUAGAACAAUAUGC